CUCAGGGAAAAUGAUGAGCAUGGAAAAUCCGGUGAUGAAAUACACUGAACUGGAAAAUAUCGGCAGCGGGGGUUUCGGAAGUGUUUGUAGAGCAUUCGACAAUGCCACAGGAGGAGAGGUGGCCAUAAAGAAAAUUAAUCUCCAAGGACUGACCAGCAAGGAACUAACUGUCAAUGAACUCAUGGUCAUGAAGAUGAAUAGGAAUCCCAACCUGGUCAACUAUUUAGACAGCUACCUUGUGGACGAUGAACUCUGGCUGGUGAUGGAGUACAUGGAUGGAGGCAGUCUGAGUGAUGUCAUCAAUGAGAUGUACAUAUCUGAAGAUGAGAUGGCCGCCGUCAGUCGGGAGUGCCUGCAAGGACUGGAUUUUCUUCACUCAAACCAUGUCAUCCAUCGAGAUGUGAAGAGCUGCAACAUCCUUCUCAGAACUGACGGCUCUGUCAAGCUGGCUGAUUUUGGCCUCUCUGCUCAGCUCACCGCUGAGCAGAAUCAAAGGAGCUCAGUGGUCGGGACGUCUUGGUGGAUGGCGCCUGAGGUUGUGACAGGUCAACCAUAUGGCCCCAAAGUGGACAUAUGGUCUCUUGGAAUGGUGGGAAUCGAAAUGGUGGAACGAGAAGUUCCUCACUGUAAUGAAAGUCCUAUCUCGUGUUGCUGA